AUGGCUGAACACUUGGCCAUCUCGGCGUCUCUUAUUCACGAAGAAACUUUCCCCGUUUUAUUGAAAAACGGGACGAACGCUUUAAUCAGCGAUCCCACAGUAGAGCUGGCUGUCCUCCUGCCGACGCUUAUUAUUUCACCCAAGAAUUAUCAGAAUACUGUUAAAAUAAGCACCGCCAACCUUUUCUUGACUAUAUCAAGCUACGAAGUUAACAUUCGUCCACAAUUAUUACUCCGUGGUGAUAAGCAAAAGAGGUAA